AUGUCGGAGAAGUACGAGAACUUGUAUGGAUUGCAUUGGGCUAUGGCAUCAGUGUUCGUAGUUGGUGCUACGGUUGGAGGUGGAAUGGUCGCUUUGCCAAGUGCACUCGUGAAUGCGGGUAUGUAAGC